CUGUGCCUUAAACGCACUCUCGCGCUUCAACAAAAAAGGAGCAAGAAACAAAAAAAAGCACGAGACGAAGACACGCCACAAUCUAUCUCAUGAUUUAAAGAGGACUGAAGAUACAUUUACAGCUAUGUCUUCCAAGGAGGGAAGGAGCAUGUCUCGGCUCUCUUUGACCCGGUCCCCAGUGUCUCCUCUGGUCGCUCAGGGAAUCCCACUGCCAGCUCAGCUGACUAAAUCCAACGCUCCAGUCCACAUUGACGUAGGUGGGCACAUGUACACCAGCAGUCUGGCCACACUCACCAAAUACCCAGACUCGAGAAUUAGUCGUCUUUUCAAUGGCACCGAACCGAUUGUUUUGGACAGUCUGAAGCAGCAUUAUUUCAUUGACAGAGAUGGAGAGAUAUUCCGCUACAUCUUAAGCUACCUGAGAACCAGUAAACUGCUUCUUCCUGAUGACUUCAAGGAGUUCCAGCUGCUGUACGAGGAGGCUCGGUAUUACCAGCUGACGCCCAUGGUGAAAGAGCUGGAUCGCUGGAAACAGGACCGGGAGCAGAGACGAACGGCUCAGCCCUGUGAGUGCCUGGUGGUGCGGGUGACCCCUGAUCUGGGCGAGAGGAUUGCCAUCAGUGGGGACAAGGCCCUCAUAGAGGAGAUUUUCCCAGAGACAGGGGACGUCAUGUGUAAUUCAGUCAACGCCGGCUGGAACCAGGACCCAACCCACGUUAUUCGGUUUCCACUGAAUGGCUACUGCAGGCUCAACUCCGUGCAGGUCUUGGAGAGACUCUUCCAGAAAGGGUUCAGCAUGGUGGCGUCAUGCGGCGGGGGCGUUGACUCCUCCCAGUUCAGCGAGUAUAUCCUGAGUCGAGAGGACAGACGGUGUCAAACCAGCCACACACCCAUCAGGAUAAAACAAGAGCCUCUAGACUAGACCACUAACACCUCAGUCUGCUUUCGAAAAAGAAAAAAUGCCAGCGAACAAAGACAAGACGUUCAUUUGCAAGAAGAGUCUCCUGUUUGACUCUUCGGACUCUUAAGAGGAGUGAAAUCUUAGUAAAUGUAUGAUAAAUAUGGCUUCAUUUCAUUGACGACCCCAAAACGUUUCUUUACAAAAGAAAGCAAGACACACAAUAGUAUUUCAGCCAUGUUUUACCUUGAAUUGAACUAUUUAGCUGUUGAUUUGUCUUGAUACAUGAAACAUUAAUAGAUUGUUGAUCUUUAACAUUUCCACAGUUCAUAUUUUCUUGGUGUAGUUUAAAACCAUGAGGUAAUUUUGCCGUUGUAUGUGCAUAAAUGGAAGAAAGAACUCCAUAAGGAAGUACAUACCUUUCGGCCAGAACAUUUUCAAAUGAUGCACCAGUCAGAUCUCCAACCUUACAGGCGAAAUUAACAGCACAAAAUACAAAUCUGUCCUCCAUUUUUAGUCUAGAUAUCUAAUGUUCUCAUUUUCCAGUCCCAUCUAUGUAAAUCAGUUAUUUUAUCGCUGUUGCCUCACUACAUGAAGAAUAUGAGAGCAGUUCUAAGAAGUCAUUUGGUUGUAAGUGCAGACUUCUCUGUUCUGGCUAUGUAGAUGCUUUGACUGGAGGCUACAUGGUUAAAGCAGGCAGCCUGGUAAUGCAUUCAGUGCUGGGCAGAGAGGCUUUUAUUUCAAGCAUGUUUUAAGGGAAACCUGGACUCAUUUGUGAGAGCUUUUCUGAUGGCAUUGCUAACUCUAAUAGUACACAAAACAACACUUGAUCUUUAUGUCGGAUGCCCGUUUUCUUCAAAACUACCCGUGAACGUGCCAAGAGUUAAUGUUGCAUCAAGGAACAUAUGACUUCAAAAAGUUCCUUAUACACUAUUACUCUGAUAAGCAUUUCAAAAGUUAAGCAAAGAUCUCUUGUAGAUACAAUGCCCUGUGCAUCCAAAACAACAUCUUGUUUGAUGAAGGCAGCUUUAGGAGAAGGAAAAAUGAGACUACUCAGAUUGUUAUUGAAUGCAGCACUCCAGGGCUGCUGGCACUGUAUAUUAGAGGCGGUGGUCGGACCAUCGGAGAAGAGAGGGGAUAACUAUGACCCUUAAGGCCCAAAGACGUUGGAGACGGACGGGUUAUUGGUCAGAAAGGAUGCAGGCGCCUCUCCAGGAGUUAAGGUCACUUUCCCACAAUCCCUUUUACUCACGCUCUCCCUUAGCUAAAUCGCUAUCAGAGAAGCAAGGAGAGAGACUGAGGGAGAAUAAAUUUGAAAGGUUAAUUUGGGUGGCUGGUAAACAGACUGAAAUGCAUAGUUUUGUAAAAAAAAAAAAAAAAAGGCAUAUUUUUAAGGCAUUCUGCCACACCAUUUCAAAAGUAAGGGUCAAGGAAAUGUCACAGACAUGUUGAGUUCUGCAAUGUGCUGUCUUAACUGGACAGCAGCAGAGAAAACAUGCAAUUAUCCAGCAAAUGUGCUCAUAUUUAUCUCCUUGAUUGGUCGCACAUUGUACAUAAUGGCUCACUGCAGCUUUGUAUGUCCCCCUUAAUGUAACGUACCAUCUCAGUUUUUGAGCUCAGAGACAGUAUUAUAAAAAGAUAAGCCUUCAAGGAUGCAAUCUGGUAACUUUGAAGAGGAUCGAUGAAUUUGUCUCCAGUGUGAAGAUGGUCGGAGGAGCCUUGUCGGACAUUACAUACAAAAAUCUUAAAUAAAAUACUGCGCUAAUGGAUGUUGUGUCAAGAUGUACAGUAUAUUGCAGUAUGGUCCAAAUGUAUAUUAUUUAAAUAAAACUUUUUUGUAAUGGAUUAUUAUUGAUAUGAAUCAUAGUGGUAUGUCAGGCAUGUGUUUAUUUGAAUUGUCACAUUCUUUUUGUAAUUGGUGUUGAUAAAACAAAACUUUAAUAAAUUGUUGGAUUUCUUUCCCUAUUU